UUUAAAGGUUCUGCACCGCGCAUCACCCUCAGCAUUACUAGUCAACAUGAAACCCAGUAUCACUCUUGGUGUUUUGUGCGCGCUCUUCUCUGAAGUGGCUGCACUCACUUGUUAUCAGUGCACUCCUGAUACCUCCUCCCAGACCUGCACAGCUACAGGAAUCUGCAGUGCAGGAUCAUGUGCAAGCAUGACUGUGAGCUCCUAUGCAGGUGACACAAAAGUUGUAGAAGUCGAUACCAGAGGCUGUUUACCAGCAGACCAGUGCAUUUCUGGGGCAAUGAACUUCGGAAUUGCAAGGUCAACAAUAAGCACUAGAUGCUGUCAAACUGACCGCUGCAAUUCUCAGAAAACUCCAGAGUUAAACACAAACACCACCCCGAAUGGGAAGAAGUGUUUCACCUGUGUAGGAGAUGACUGCACGAAACAGCUGUCCUGUGUUGGAAACGAGGACCGUUGUAUUAAAGCAACAACUUCGGUGAGUGGGCAGACAGUCACUGUGAAAGGAUGUGCCUCCAGCAGUAUCUGUUCAGGAGACCUGUCGGCUGACCUAGGCUCCGUGGCUAUUGGGCUGAACUGCUGUGAGGGGAACCUGUGCAACAGCGCCAAGAGUGUGGGGCAGAGCUUCCUGCUCCUGCUGGGGUCUCUCGUCUCUGUCCUGCUCUUCCACUGAAUGGUGUGAUCUCGGAGUCUCUCUCGGGUCACAGCUCACAGGCCAUUUAUGAAUGUGUGCUCAUUGCACGCAGGCUUGGAUGUUGUGGUUGAAAGGCUGCCAUUUUUUUUACAAUAAUUACAUAUUAACAGUAGUUAAAUUCUUUUAAAAUUAUAAUGUGUGUAAAGUGUUGAGAGAUGGUGAUGGCAAAGUGUUUGAGGUUGUAAUGGAAAAUAAAUGGGUGACAUUUCAAUUGUAUGUUUUUUUAUAUAUAUAGGACACAAUAAAAAAUAAAUAAAUUGAAAAGAUAAA